CCUCCCCAUUCAUCUCUUCAUUCUCCAUUCACCUUUUUUUUUUUUUAUCCACAUUCUCCUUCCCUCUCCAUUAAACACUUCACAUUUCCGCAAUUAUUUCAUUAUACGCGCGUCACCCAAACGUGGAAAAACCCCGCAAACCUUAAAUCGGAGUACCUGAAAAAAAAAAUCGACAACGCUUCCAACCUCAGGAGGAAGGAAAGAGGGCGCUUACAAAGACAGGGGAGAGAAACAGGAAGGAGCCCCGGAAAGGCCCAAUAAAUAAUAGACAUAUAGAGGAAAAUGGGGAAGCAGGACAUUAUCCAGGUUCUCACACCUGAUCACUCAGUCCAGGCAACAUUUCUGGAUGAGGAAGCAACCGUGAGAGAUUUGCUGACUGCAUUGGCUGAAGACAGCCCAGACUAUGCAAAUGAGGAGUGGGCUAUUGUAGAGGUAGCUAUGCCUCGAAAGACCUCGCUUUCAUAUCAUGAGCUAUUUGCUCUCGAUCAAGGCGCACUUGCUCCAGAAACAAAAAUCAAAGAAGUUCAGGAACGGCAUCAGGAGUUAUUACGUGGUCCAGACGCCUCAGUGUUCAAACUUAUCAACCUUCAAUACAGUUUACCAGUCAUCUUCCGCCAUGUACCAACAGUCCCAGAAGCCCACUAUCGCCAAAUUCAUGUCUUACCCUCAAUGACCGUUCGUCAGAUCGUGGCUAUUGUUACUGCGGAGAUGGGGCUGAAGGCCCUUGAUGCCUCAUCCAAUAGCAAUGCACGGCAACCAGUUGAUUAUGUUUUUUCACAGCUCAAGGUUAACGAAGAUGAUACUGAAGAAGAGAGGCAAUUGCUCGAUGAUGAGAGACCGUUUGAUCUACUACAGGAGAACAGAGAACUACUUAUGAAUCGACAGAUCAAGGAUUAUCAUUUUCUAUUCACAGUGCCGGAUUCAUGGCUUUCCAGAGUCGAGUCUGUCACCUCUCGUAUUACCAAGGGUUGGACUGCGGCCCGUCCACUCUCUAUGGCAGUCUAUGGACUAUUCGGGAGCGCUGGACAACCCACGACAACAGCAAGCACACGAGAGAUUUCAGCGCCUAUUCCCAUUGCCACGACCUCGAUUCAUCAUCCAUCUUUUGGAGGAGAGAUAAUGACAGAUCAUCACAACACAGACAAGGCCAAAGAUACACAGAGGCGGCGACAAAGUAUGAUCGCUGGCUCCAGAUUGAGCUCGUUUUUUGAUCCUACUUCAUUGGGAGGUUGGCUCGCACCGGAAACCAAAAAACGGCACUCUAUAGUUGUUGGACAAAGCGUACCGAAUCUGAUUUCUAAGCCGAUAGGAAUAGACAGUAGCGCUGCAGCAGAGAUCCAAGACAUGACCGACGAAGAACUUGAUGAGGCAUUCGCAUCGCUUCUCACUGAACUUAACAUUAAGGACACCUUACGCGAAAGCAUGAUGCAGUUCACUCGGGAAAAGAAAACCGCUUUGAUACUUCAAAACCAGCAAGCACGACAGCAAAAGGAACGCGUCACCUCCCCAGACCCAUACGCAACCGCUCAAUCGGGCGGCGGUGGAGUUGCCAGCAAAAUAAUAGGCAAUGCCGCAAGAAACAGCAGAUUCAUUGGCUCAAUAUCUUCAAGAGUAUCGUUCAUAGAGCCGGACAGCUCUGCGAAUGCAAAAUUACAUUCAAGAUACUCAUCCUGGUCAAGCCUUGCAGGAUCGUACGACAGCACUGCGGAUGACCUUGCAGCAAUGGGAGGCGGCCCAGGAGCGACGUCAACUUCAUCCAAGCUAGCGGGCGCAGAUCGCCCAAUGUCACCAACAAUGGCUGCCGCAGGUUCUCUUUGGUCAAGUUGGUUUGGUUCAACCACACCACAGCCAGACGGGGCUUCGACGGAUGAGCCUACAGAUGACUCGCCACAAUUCUACAUUGAUCAGCUUUUGAGCAAAACAACAACUCAAAAGGCCCUUGCGAAACAUCUGCUGAGCCUCCGUAUUGCUUUAGCCACAGCCAAGUUGUCAUGGAUUAGACAAUUUUUAGAUGGUCGGGGGUUUAGAGCUCUCGAGAACGUCUUGGAUAAGACUGCGAUCAAGAAGCGUGGAGGCAAAGCCAGCGACCUAGAUGAAACCUUACAGUCAGAAUGUGUCCAAUGUUUGCGUGUAUUGAUGAAUACAGAGCCUGGAUUCACACAAGUGCUCAGAUCUCCAUCAUUAGUAGCCCAUAUUUCGUAUUGCCUCUACACGACAAACAGCAAGCUAAGGACCAAGGUCGCAGAGGUCCUUGCAGCGCUCUGCGUCAUGUCACCAGAGUCACACCGACUAGUUUUGAUGGCCCUCUCUGAUUUCCGAGUUGCCCACGAAGAGCGCUUCCGGUUCGAAUAUCUAGUUCAAACAUUAGCUGAGCCCAUCUCUGAUGACUCUGACGACGAAGGAUUUGAAUGGGAGUACAAGACCGCAUGUCUAAGUCUGAUGAAUGCGCUUGCGAAUUCGCCUGCAAGCCUGGACGACCGUAUCUCGUUGAGGAAUGAGCUGCGGAGACGUGGGCUGGAGGAUGUUUUCCAGACAUUGAAGAUGCAGUCGCCUCCAGAGUCGCUCUUGAUUCAGAUUAAUGUCUACGAAGAUGAGCGGCAUGAAGAUUGGGUUGAUCUUCAGGAACGUGCUUUUGAGAUGGCGCAGAUUAAAGCCGGACAGGACGGCCCAAAUUCAGAACUGGUCAAAACUAUCUCAUCUCUCGGACCAGCUGACGAAGAGCUCUAUCCGCGUAUUAUCCAGACAUUACAGCAGUAUGCUGAUGCAGCUGUAUCAACUUUAGUACAGGAGGAAUCAGAUAGUGAGGAGCAAGAAGGAGAAGAAGAAGAGGAAGAAGAAGAAGCUACCGAUACGAUUUCAAGGCAGAGCCCUCAAUUCAAAGAAGAUCUAUGGACGAUUGUAGAAAAGUUUGGCGAACGAGUCUUUCAGAUGCGGGAUAUUGAAAAGGAUUGGCCCAGCUGUCAUGAUGAGUUUCUGGAAGGAAUUCAACACAUCGUCGGAAAACGAGGCAUCAUCUUGUCAUUUUCAGACCCUCUCAACGGCAGUUCGUCCUCAUCGUCCUCUUCUUCAUCCUCUACAUCCAUGUCUUCGGCCUCUCUUUCGAUGGCUUCUAGUCGUCGACAUAGCUUCAUUGACUUUGAACUCGACAACUUGAGACGUGAUAUGGAAGAGAUGCGAGAGGAAGCAGACAAAAUGCGUAAGGAGCUCAUGGAGGCUAAACAGGAAGCUGAAGAAGCCAAACACCAACUGUUACAACUGCAACAAUUGCAAUCUAGAUCAGGCCCACCCUCAAGCAAUAGGGAAGGCACUGAAAAUGAGCACUUGGUAUCCUAUGGCUUUGGCAAGCGAGAGGACGAUGAGCCUCGUAGAUCAGAGCGAUCCAAGGAGAUUGACAGUACUCGAUGGAAUGCAAUGAUGACAGAAGUCCAACUCCAAAAGAACAAAACUGCAGAGGUUGCUAGUCUGGCAGAUGAACGCCAAAAGGAAAUCGCUUAUCUUAAACGUGCCCUUCAAAUUGUAUGCACACGAUAUGAGAGCGCUAUGGGCGAGCGUUUGCCUGCAGUUACUGAGGAUGAUCACACAAACCAGCCAACCCAAACUGAAGGCUCGAUUCAGUUGUCAAAAACAUUCGAAGCUCUUGCACGCAAGGAUGAAGAACUCAUAGAACUCAAGCAAGAAGUAGAGAAACUACGAAAGGAGUCUUCAGUUGGCCUCACACCUACAGAGGAAGUUCUUUCUCUCCGAGGAAGUCUCAAAGAUGUCAUGCAAAAGGUCCAAGAACUUCAAGCACAGGUGCUUGAUCGCGAAAGGACAAUCAAAGGUUUAAAGGAGAGCCUGAUCCAUUUGGAGGCGGCAAAGACAGCUGAUGAAAAGGACGGUGGCUCACAGCCCCAGAACGCUUCUGGACAAGAUCAGAUGACGAAUGGUCGAGUCGAGCGGUCCAAUUCGCGCAGUGCACUCAAGCUUCAAAUCAAAGCUCUCUCGGCUAGAGGAUGGCAAGGUGAAGAACUUAGUGAGGAGCAAGAGGAUGCAUCUUCUGUGGCUGAUGUCAAUGACUUGGGAGUAGCCAGCCCAGGGAGCUCCGCAGGGUCUCUCCUUUCUCCAUUGACCUCACCCAAGCCUGGCAAACGGAUCCUUGGUACUGGUGGCAGGCGACCUGCAUUGCCCCCACCUCCUCCACCCCCUGGCCCGAAACAUAAACUGUUUGCAGCAGUUAAUGCAUCCACCGCUACACCAGAGAAUCUAACCCCAACUUCAGUUCCAGCUCCUGUGGAAGCUUCAGCACCGUCACCAACACCAUCACCAGCGCCGCCUAGUGCAUCAGUACCACCUCCACCCCCACCUCCGCCGCCACCACCACCACCUGCUCCAUCACAGCUGCAAUCAACAGUGCCUCUUCCCAAUAUUGCCUCACCCGAAUCGAUGAAAAUUAACUCCUUUGCUCCACCUCCUCCACCUCCUCCUCCCCCACCACCACCACCACCACCACCGCCAUCUGCUUACCCCGCUAACCUGGAGAAGACAAAGCCUCCAAGCCCUGCUCUUCAGAGCGUUCCUAGCUCAUGCCCGCCUCCACCUCCCCCACCCCCUCCCCCACCCCCUCCACCGCCAUUUGCAGCGAGUAGCGCUACCGGCUUGCCGCCUACACUUAAUGCUUCGCCAGCUCCAUCACAAGCAUCCACCCUUUCACAGGGAAUCCUUAAGCGCUCGGCAACUAUGCCCGCACCAGACUCACAAGGAUCUAUUGCAUCAUCACCACCUCCUCCUCCACCACCACCACCACCCAUGGCAGGAGGAAAGGCACCGUGUCCACCACCGCCACCACCGCCACCAGGCAUGCAUGGCGCAGCGCAGUUGGAAGGCGCCAUCCCAACGUUACCAGUCUUCUUGGCAGGAAAUCGACCAUCCAAUCCCUUGAAGCCACUGGGCAUGGCCGUUCCACAAGUUGCCAAGCCUUCGCGCCCCAUGAAGCAACUUUUCUGGAACAAGUUGCCUACAGGAACAAUUACGCAAACAGUUUGGAAGGACAUCUGUGACCCAUCUUCGGAUCUUGCAGUCAUUGAACUGGACUAUGCUGAGAUUGAUGAGCUCUUCUGCAAGAACCAAACUGUCGCUCCAAAUCCAGCUGCGGCAGUAGAGAAGAAGAAGAAUGUUAGCUUGUUCAACGUCAACCGUGCGAACAAUAUUGCUAUCAUGCUUUCAAGAAUCAAGUUGACCUAUCCAGAAAUCCGGGUGGCACUAAUGGAGAUUUUGGAUGACAAGCUGAGUAUUGAGAAUCUCAAGGCCAUCAAGCAAUACGUUCCCACCAGUGACGAAAUCGAACUCAUCAAGGACUAUGACGGAGACUUUGAAAGUUUAGGAAAUGCUGAAAAAUUUUACAAAGAGAUCAUAGAUAUUCCUCGACUCUCAGAACGCGUCACUGCUAUGAUUUUCAGGCGUAGAUUAGAAAUUGAAGUUGGAGAGCUCAAACCGGAAAUGGACGUUCUCCGCCUGACAAUUGACGAACUGCAAAACUCAAAGCGCCUAAAGAGUCUUCUUAAGACUGUCCUGUUGAUGGGUAAUCAUUUGAAUGCGACGAGCUUCCGUGGAAACGCAUAUGGAUUCCAACUGGAGGCCUUGCUAAAGAUUCGCGACACUAAAGGUGUGGAAGGUGUUAAGCCUGGAUCAAGUACACUCCUACAUUAUCUGGCUAAAUCCAUUAAUGCUAAAGAUCCAAACCUACUCAAGUUCUUGGAUGAAGUGCCUCAUCUUGAGGCUGCUGCCCGAAUCUCAGUCCAGACGCUCAUAAACUCUGUCAACAGCCUCGUUGCGGGCAUGGGUCAGAUUCGAGAGGAGGUUCGCAUCCUACGCAAGAUCAGAAUCUCACCACCCAAUGACUAUUUUAUCGAAGUCAUGGAGAAAUUUGUUGAUGCUAAUGAGGAGGGUAUUCAAAAGAUCUUGGAGAUUGGACAAGGAUUAGAGAAGGAUCUUAAACAACUCUUAAUCUUUUAUGGUGAGGAUCCUGUUAACACCAAACCUGAGGAGUUCUUCGGCAUGUUGGUCUCUUUCUCAACCAUGCUUCAGAAAUCACAAUUGGAGAACGAGGCACUAGCCAAGCGGCUGGACAAGAGCCAACAGCUUGCAAACAAGAAUCGUCGACCUUCAGAAGCUGUGGGAACAGGCUUGUCUGUGGCAGCCAUUCGGGACGGCCACCUGGACGACGCAAUCCGUGGUCUACGAUCUGGAUUGAGACGUAAUAGGCGAGAUCGACCCAUGUCACAUUUGUACUCGGAACUUAGUAUGGAAGCUCUCCAAGCGAUCAAUUCUGGUGUACCUCGAGCUGGUGCUCUAACUCACUCUCGACAAAGCAGUCGGCAGCAGUAAUGGAGUUUAAUAUAAUAGUCGUAGUGGUAGUUAUUAGUUCUAAUCCUACAUUUUAUAUACUUUGUACAAACAAACCAUUCAUACAUAUAUACAUACACAAGACAAACA